ACUUACACGACAUGAUUAGAAAUGCAUACAAGUGAUUAAAUGCUCCAUAUCUCCUAUGAGAGCUGCAUUUUUGUAUUUUCUCCCCUAAACAUCUGGCAUCUAAUCAUAAUGCAGGCUGAAGCAGUUAAUAUCAUCCUAGGCACCCAUGUAUGGGUAGAAGACCCAAAUAUAUGCUGGAUUGAUGGACAAGUUACAAAGAUUAACAAACAGGAAGUUGAGGUCGAAACAACUGAUGGAAAGAAAAUUACUGCAAAAUUAUCAAAAAUAUAUCCCAAAGAUGUGGAUGCUCCAGCUGGCGGAGUUGAUGACAUGACCAAGCUUUCUUAUUUGCACGAACCUGGAGUUUUGCAGAAUUUAUCCACAAGAUUUCAACUAAAUGAAAUUUAUACUUAUACCGGAAAUAUCCUCAUUGCCAUUAAUCCAUUUCAAAGAUUGUCUCACUUGUAUGAGACUCAUAUGAUGGAACAAUACAAAGGAGCACCAUUUGGGGAACUAAGUCCUCACGUUUUUGCAAUUGCAGAUGUUGCUUUUAGGGCAAUGAUUACUGAAGGAAAAAGCAACUCGAUAUUGGUUAGUGGUGAAAGUGGGGCUGGUAAGACAGAGACUACUAAAAUGCUUAUGCGAUAUCUUGCAUAUUUGGGUGGUCGUAAAGGCACUGAAGGAAGAACAGUUGAACAACAAGUUCUAGAAUCAAAUCCAGUUCUGGAAGCAUUUGGAAAUGCAAAAACUGUCAGGAAUAAUAAUUCAAGUCGUUUUGGAAAAUUUGUUGAGAUUCAGUUUGAUAAACAUGAUAGAAUAUCUGGAGCAGCCAUUCGUACAUACCUUCUAGAAAGAUCUCGUGUUUGUCAGAUUUCAGAUCCUGAACGUAACUAUCACUGUUUCUAUCUUCUAUGUGCAGCACCUCCAGAGGAAGUUGAGAAAUAUAAAUUGGGAGACCCUAAAUCGUUUCACUAUCUUAAUCAAUCAAAUUGCUUCCAACUUGUUGGUAUAAGUGAUGCUCAUGAGUAUCUUGCAACUAGGAGAGCUAUGGAUGUUGUUGGAAUAACUGACAAGGACCAGGAAGCAAUUUUCAGACUUGUUGCUGCAAUUCUCCAUCUUGGUAAUGUUCAAUUUAUCAAAGGAAAAGAGGUUGAUUCAUCUCUCCUGAAAGAUGACAAAUCCAAAUUUCAUUUGAAGACCUGUGCAGAGCUACUCAUGUGUGAUCGUGCUGCAUUGGAGGAUGCAUUAUUAAAACGUGUGAUGGUUACCCCUGAAGAAGUAAUUAAAAGAAGUCUAAAUCCUGAUGCUGCAACCAUUAGCAGGGAUGGUUUGGCUAAGACAUUAUAUUCCCGUUUAUUUGAUUGGUUAGUUGAUAAAAUUAAUAUGUCUAUUGGGCAAGAUCCAAAUUCAAAAUAUCUUAUUGGUGUUCUUGACAUUUAUGGUUUUGAGAGCUUCAAGCAAAAUAGUUUUGAACAAUUUUGUAUUAAUUUCACCAAUGAGAAGCUGCAACAACAUUUCAAUCAGCAUGUUUUCAAGAUGGAGCAAGAGGAAUAUACCAAAGAGAAAAUUGACUGGAGCUACAUAGAGUUUGUAGAUAAUAAAGAUGUCCUAGAACUUAUUGAAAAGAAACCUGGUGGAAUUAUCGCUCUGCUUGAUGAAGCAUGUAUGUUUCCCAAGUCAACUCAUGAAACAUUUGCACAGAAGCUUUACCAAACAUUUACUAAGCACGCAAGAUUUAUCAAACCCAAAUUGGCUCGCAGUGAUUUCACCAUUUCUCAUUAUGCAGGAGAGGUUAAUUAUCAAUCGGAACUAUUUCUAGACAAAAACAAAGAUUAUGUUGUUCCUGAACAUCAAGAUUUAUUGAUGGCUUCCAAAUGCUCUUUCGUAGCAGGACUUUUCCCUCCGCUCCCUGAGGAGUCAAACAAAUCUUCAAGCAAAUCUGCUAAGUUUUCAUCAAUAGGUUCUCGCUUCAAGCUACAACUUCAAUCUUUAAUGGAGACUCUGAAUUCCACAGAACCCCAUUAUAUUAGAUGUGUGAAGCCAAAUAAUCUUCUUAAACCUUCUAUCUUUGAGAAUGCCAACAUCAUGCAACAAUUACGUUGUGGGGGGGUUCUAGAAGCAAUCCGUAUAAGCAUGGCUGGAUAUCCAACUCGCAAGAGUUUUUUUGAUUUCCUCAACCGAUUCAGUCUUCUGGCCCCUGAGGUUUUAGGAGGGAAUCUAGAUGCAAAGGAUGCAUGUAAAAAGAUUCUUGACAAGAUGGGGCUCCAAGGGUCUCAGAUAGGCAAAACAAAAGUUUUCCUUAGGGCUGGUCAGAUGGCUGAACUAGAUGGAAGGAGAGCACAAAAACUCAACACUGCAGCCAAAAAAAUUCAAAGAAAAAUAAGAACUCAUAUCACUAGGAACCGUUUUCUUUCUUUGAGGAAAGCUUCCAUUUCAUUGCAAUCUCUCUGCAGAGGAAAGCUUGCUGCUAAAUUAUUUGAUCACAUGAAAAGGCAGGCCGCUUCACUUAAAAUACAGAAAAAUUACAGGCGACACUUAUUUUGGAUGUCAUACGACAGACUUAAGCAUUCAAGCGUAGUCCUCCAGACAGGGUUGCGGGCCAUGGCUGCUCAUAAGGCAUUUAGAUACAAAAAGACAACUAAAGCAGCACUCCUUGUACAAGCUAACUGGCAUCGUCAUAGAGACUUUAAAUACUAUAAGAGACUGAUGCGGGCAGCAAUUGUCACACAGACCCGAUGGAGGGGAAGAGUUGCUAAGAAGGAGCUUCGGAAACUAAAGAUGGCUGCAAGAGAAACAGGUGCAUUACAAGAAGCAAAGGAUAAGCUUCAAGCACAAGUGGAAGAUCUGACUUGGCGUUUACAGUUAGAAAAACGCUUGAAGACUGACUUGGAAGAAGCAAAAGGACAGGAGAUUCUGAAAUUGCAGAACUCCUUGCAAGCUAUGCAGGCUAAAUUUGAUGAAACAAAUACAUUGCUUACAAAGGAACGUGAAGCUGCGAAGAAAGCAAUUGAAGAAGCAUCAACUAUUGUUAAAGAAACUGUCCCAAUCCAUGUUGAAGACACAGAAAAGAUUGAUAAAUUAAGUGCAGAAGUUGAAGAAUUGAAGAAAUUAUUAGAAUCAGAGAAAAACCGAGCUAAUGAAUCUGAAAAGAAGUGCAAUGAAACCAUAGAAACAAGUGAAGCUAAACAGAAGAAGCUGGAAGAAACAGUGAACAGGGCGAAUCAACUUCAGGAAUCUAUGAAUAGGCUUGAAGAGAAGCUUGCCAACAUAGAAUCAGAAAACAAGGUCCUUCGCCAACAAGCCUUAACAAUGGCACAAAACACCAAGCUACAGGCAGCACGUUCAAAGUCAAUUAGGGCACUCAUAAUAAACAAACAAUCUUCAUUUUUCAUCUUACAGAUAAAUUAAAUUCCAAUACUUACAUAUCUCUCUUUCUUGAACAAUGACAGAGAACCGAAAUCGAUGUGUCUCAAAAUUACUUAUAAUUAAUAUUUUGAAUUGAUUUUCGUAUCUCUCUCUCUCUCUUUUAAAAUGUAACAGGAUCUUCAUAGCCCUUCAAUGCAAAUGAGAGAUAAUGAUGUGGAGGAAAGACCACAAAAGUCACUUAAUGAGAAACAACAAGAAUAUCAGGAUUUGCUCAUUCGAUGUAUCGCCCAACAGCUUGGGUUCUCAAAAGGGCGUCCAGUCGCCGCUUGCAUCAUAUACAAAUGUUUGAGACAGUGGCGCUCUUUUGAAGUAGAAAAAACCAGCAUUUUUGAUCGUAUAAUUCAAACCAUAGGCCAAGCAAUCGAGACACAAGAUAACAACGAUGUCCUGGCCUAUUGGUUAUCGAAUGCAUCAACACUGCUCCUGUUGUUACAACGCACAUUGAAAGCUAGUGGUGCUGCUGGGGCCCCACAGCACCGGCGAACCACAUCAGCUACCCUUUUUGGAAGGAUGACUCAGAGCUUUCGUGGAACCCCGCAAGGUGUCAACAUAUCUAUGAUAGAUGGGGGGUCAGAUGGUGCAUCUGACACUUUGCAGCAAGUUGAAGCCAAAUACCCUGCUUUGCUUUUCAAGCAGCAGUUAACAGCAUAUGUUGAAAAAAUAUAUGGGAUGAUACGUGACAAUUUGAAGAAAGAGAUUUCCCCCUUGCUUGGAUUGUGCAUUCAGGCACCAAGAAUAUCCAGAGCAAACUUGCUAAAAGGGACAGCUGUUGCUCUAGCAAGUGCUGCUUCUCAGGACAUUCUCAUUGCUCAUUGGCAAGGGAUUGUUAACAACAUUGGAUGCUUCCUAAACAUGUUGAAGUCUAACAAUGUGCCACCGUUUUUGGUUCGCAAAAUCUUCACACAGAUAUUUUCUUUCAUCAAUGUACAAUUAUUCAACAGUCUUCUGUUGAGACGAGAAUGCUGCUCUUUCAGUAAUGGAGAAUAUGUAAAGGCAGGAUUAUCUGAAUUGGAACAUUGGUGCUACAAAGCAACUGAAGAAUAUGCGGGAUCAGCUUGGGAUGAGCUUAAGCACAUAAGACAAGCUAUCGGGUUCCUGGUUAUACAUCAAAAGCCCAAAAAGACACUGGAUGAAAUAAGUCAUGAUUUGUGCCCUGUUCUUAGCAUACAACAGCUAUACAGAAUCAGUACUAUGUAUUGGGAUGACAAAUAUGGCACACAUAGCCUUUCUCCAGAUGUUAUUUCCAACAUGAGAGUGCUGAUGACUGAAGAUUCAAAUAACGCAGUGAGCAGCUCUUUCUUGCUGGAUGAUGACUCAAGCAUACCAUUCUCUGUUGAUGAUCUCUCGAAAUCAAUGGAUCAGAUUAAUAUAGCAGAUGUGGAGCCCCCACCACUUAUUCGUGAUAAUUCAGGUUUCAGUUUCUUAUUGCCACGUGCUGAGUCAUGAUCAGAUUUCAAUUUUAGCAUAAUGUUUAGUGAAUUAGUACAAUUUACAAAUAUGCCAUUUGGAUCUUCUUCUAUUGACUUGUUGGUGAUAUAGUUUAUAUUUUGUAGUUUUAAAAAUAGGAGGAUAGCGGAAAUGGAUUUUGUAGAUAAUAAAACAAACAUUGUUUAAUAUCUUACAAUGAAUAAAAAACAUUGGUAGACA